GUCCUGUUUGUGAUGGAUGAAUAAGAUUUUUGGAAUAACUGUGUCUGUCCAUUGUGCCAUGUCCCUCUUCAGCCAAAAAACGCAAGUUUAUUGAAAACUAGAGAAUUCCAAUGAGAGCUAGGCCAAAGAAUGUUCUUAUCUUGAUUCUCUGUGUCUGUGUUAUUCCACUGUUUUGGAUCUCACUAAUAACAAAACAAAAUGUACCAUUUCCGAGGACAGAUUCUAGUGGACUGGAGGACGUACAAGACAGGUUACAGGUCGCAGAGCAUGUCAACAGGAGACGGGAGGAGGAUCUAAGAACUCUACGCAGUCAUUUCAUUCAAAUCUUAAGGAGCGUUCUGCAGGAAACUAAUCAAACAAACAGAUCUAUAGCAGACUUGUUUCAAACCAACCAGGCCUUACAACUCAGCAAUAUGAGUGAUAUUUCUUCAGAUAAUUCCCUUCAACUGCCAAGUCUAUUUACAUAUUUACCCCACAUUGUUGGGAAACCCCAAAGUCUCAGACCAAGCUUUCAGCUGUCUCAGAACAGAUAUGGAGUCUCUAUUGUGAUUGGAAUUCCAACGAUUCGUCGGGAUAAGACGAGCUAUUUACAGCAGACAGUGGCCUCCCUGAUACAAGGCAUGUCUAAGGAGGAACAGAAGGAGUGUCUCAUUGUGGUCUUUGUAGCAGAGCCAAAUGAUCCUGAGUAUGUGCAAGAAGUGGGUAGAGAAUUAAGUAAACAAUUCCCUCAACAUUUACAGAGCGGUUUGUUAGAAUUGAUAUCACCACCAGCGGAAUUUUACCCUGAUUUUAAUAAUAUCAAGCAAACCUAUGGAGAUACAAAGGAAAGGGUAAAAUGGAGAACCAAACAGAAUCUAGACUUUUCCUUUCUAAUGAUGUAUGCUAGAAUGAAAGCAGUUUAUUAUGUACAGCUGGAAGAUGAUGUGAUUGCCAAGCCAGGCUAUUUCUCCAUAAUGAAAACAUUUGCUGAACAGCAAAGCUCAAGUACCUGGGUACUGCUGGAGUUUUCUACUCUGGGAUUCAUAGGCAAAAUGUUCAAAUCGCGCGACUUGCCGAUGAUGGUGGAGUUCUUCUUGAUGUUUUACCAGGACAAGCCCAUUGAUUGGCUGCUGGAUUAUUUUCUGGCUGUAAAAGUUUGCAACCCAGAAAAGGAUCAUAAACACUGCAAUCGAAUGAAGGGAGAAAUGCGUCGGAGAUAUAAGCCCUCUCUCUUCCAGCAUGUAGGGACACAUUCCUCAUUAAAAGGAAAAGUCCAAAAACUAAAAGAAAAAGACUUUGGAAAGCUGAUGUUGCAUAGAGCUCAUGUAAACCCUAGAGCCAAUCUAAAAACUUCAUUAAAAGCUUAUCAGAAGUUUACUUUGCACAAAGCUUACAUUGGAGAGGAUGUGUUUUGGGCCACAACUCCUGCCAAGGGAGACUACAUCCAGAUCAAGCUGGACCCACCAAUACAUGUAGAGGAGAUUUUGAUCAGGACUGGAAAUCCUGAUCACAAGGAUGAUGUUUUGGUGAAUGGCUCUCUGCUUGUACUGCCCGUGGAGUCCUCCAAACCUGUGUCCACCCUACAGGAUUCCACCUUCACAGUCACCAGCUCAGGCUUCCUCGUAGUCGCUUCAUUUAAAGAGGGACUGGCUCAUGUACAGUUCAGUGAGAAUAUGGAAAAAAUUUCUUGUGUGAAAGUGGUAGUAGAGGCAGACAACGAAAACUGGAUGAUUGUCAGUGAGAUCCAUAUUAAAGAAAGGAAAAUAUCAACGCCUCCAAGCUAGCAUUGGCCAUCUUCUUUUGAAAUGUUUAUAUGCAAUUGGGUUGAUUAUACGUGGUGUGUUGAUUCUUGUCCCACCAACAGCGAUUGAAAUAGGGACCACUGGUCAUCGAUGGAAAGGUCUGCAGAGUCAAUCAAGUGCACAUGUACUGACGAUAGUUGUUUAUAUUGAUACCCAGAAAUACUGUGGUUAUAUACAUUAUGUAUUGAGAAUAUGAAUAUCUAAAGGUAUAUAUAGCUUGAAUUACCCAGGCUUUGUUUUUUGGGUUUUUUUUUCAAAUUUGAUUGCAGGUAGGUGUUCUGUAUCUCACAAUUAAAUUGUAUCACAUACUGUCAUAGUUAUUUACCAGUACCUAUAUAAAUCUUCAUAUUUGAUGAUUAUUUGAUUAAGACAUAGGAUAUUUACAACACAGCUGUGCAUAAAAAAGUUGAAGCCAAUACACACAUUCACUCUGGUAUUAAUCUCAUAAUUUUUCUGUCAUUCUGUUAAGAUAUUUUUGAUCUGAUUCUGAGCAAUAAAUACAUGUAUCCCCUUUUCAAUCAUUCUGAAUGUAUCAAUCUAUUGUUUCCAUUAUUGUGAAUAAUACAAAAAUAGACUAAGUUAGGCAAUGUUAACAAAACAAAAUAUUUUCAAAAUUUUGAUCAUUUAAUAAAUUUGCCAUAUAUACCUUUACAUACUUUAUAUUCAACAUGAUUGUACCUUUCCAUCAUGUCUAAAUAGUACCAAAAAUUGUUGAUUAUUCAUGCUAAUGCUAUUACACGUAUUGAUUGUGGUUUUUAAGGGAAAAGAAAAGUUGAUGAUUAUAUUAUCUUAUGAACUUGAAUUGUUAAAGCAUAUGGAAUCUGAAGAGACCAGUGUCGUAAUUAACCAAUGGACAAGGUUUUUCAAAAAUCUUUUUGGAACUUAUUGAUUUCAUUUACCGGUAUUAAACAGAAUAACACCAGUUUAUUGAAUUUUUAUGCACUUAGAGUCUCUUUGGUGCAGAAAAUUGCAAUUAACAAUAGUUAAUUUUUAAAAUCACAUUGUAAAUGAUAAGAUAUUAUCUGUCCAGUUCAUAGGCUUUGAGGCAAUUUAGAUAUCUAUUAGACAGUUACUUUAUAGGCUUUAUUUGUCCAGAUUUGAAUUUUAUUACUACCUUGGAUUUUAUAAAGUGUGUUUUAAAAGUUAUGUAAGAGUAUUUUUCUCUACAUCCCUCAUUGGUGGCAUGUACAAGGAGUUAAGAGGUGGAUUCAUAGCAGCAUCAGGUAACAGAUAACAACAGAUGUAUUAAGAGAUAAACAUGUAGAGGUCUUCCUUUUCCCAUAGAGGAAAAUUAAACUGUUGUUUUGAUAUUUAGUAUUUACUCAAUGUACACAUCAUUUUGAUGUCUUUUUUACAUCAUAGGUUAUUGCACAUGUAUUUGUUUUCCAUUCUUUUUCCUAGUCACUGUUGCCUGAAUAUUUACAUGUAUAUACAAUCACAUGUAUAUUUGACUGUCUACAUUGAAAUAUUGCAGUUGUGUUUUUAAUUUUGCCAAAGAAUUCCCCCCCCCCCCCCAAGAGUUUGACAAUACAUGUACCAGAUGAGUCGUUUUAAUGAGAACUGUUCACACACAUGUACAUAGUGAGUAGAGACGAAGCUUUAAUCUCUAGUGUCUUUAUACUCUAUCAUCAUUUUAUUUACAACCUGUGAAGGGAUACAGCAAUUCUCAUAAUUUCUUGAGCCUUUCUGGUAGAGCUUUGAAAAUACCUCAAAUAUAAUUCCUUUACGAGUUUGUAAUAUCUUUUUAAUAAAAGGGAGUUACUCCCCAUCAAUUCGAAGUGUUAGUUAACAAGACAGACUUAUUGGGGUUUUUUGAUUUUUAUAUUGUUGGGUUUAUUAAAUUUUAAAUCAAUCUCAAUAUGAUGCAUUUAGUACCAUAUAUUUCUUUUAGUACCAUAUGUAUAAAGAAGGUAUGGGCUGGGGGUGAGGUUAUUAUGGAUGCCUCUAUGAUAUACAAGUACAUGUAUUGUUUUUAUGGUUGUCGGAAAGGCCCAGAAAGUAAGUUCCAAUUGGGAGUACAGAUAUCUGUAGAAUUCAUGUCUGUGAUAUCUCCACAGCUUCCUGUCUUAUUUUAGUCUAAAGCUUUUAUGGCAUUGAUUGUAUUGUAAAGAUAAAAAAGAUGCCAAUGACUCCUGUCCAAAGAUGAUAUGAAUUUUUAAUAAGAAGCGCUAAGUGUGAUUGAUUUUUUUUUUUCUAUUAGAAAAGUCUUACCAGGUAAUUAAAGUAAUUGAGAUUUUCUGUGAUUUUAUUUUUAAAAACUCAUUUAAGUUUUUAAGUUCCGAUUUGUAAAACAAAGAGUGCUAUCACUUUCACCUAUGCUUAUAUGAAUUAAGUCAAAUGAUGUAAAAAAAAAAUUUAAUAACAAUUGAGAGCGAAGCAAAAGAAAAUAAUCAAAUCAGCUGGUAUGUUCUGAGUGAGGCUACUUAUUUAAAAACACUUAAGUAUUUCUGUUUACUUUAGAAUCAAUUGUCCUUAAGCAGAAAUGUAUUGAGCAGACACACUGGGUCCCCUUCAAUUUUUUAGUACAUGUAACUUACCGGAUAAUUCUUUGAAUUUAUUCUGGACCCACCAAAAAUGAAUUUCAAAAACUUUCAACACCAUAGAUUUAAGAAAAUUCAAACAAUUGGAUUAUUUUAGUGCAGUAGAGGUUAAAGUGUGCACGAAAUCAAAAACACUUCUUUUCUUUUUAAGAUUAUUCAUUAAAUCAAAUCAUACAGCAUGAAGAAAAAGGGAUUUUACUGAGUAAAAUUUUGCAUUCAAAAUAUUUUGGAUAUGCAUUUAGAUUAACUCUAACCUUGUAUAUGAUAAAAGUGAUGAUAUUUUUUUUUUAUGAUUUGACAGCAAGUAAUCUUCAUGUUUGAAAAAUAUUCCCUGCAUAAAAACAUUUUCAUCAAUUGAAAUGCUGCUUUUGAAUGUAAUUUUGAUAAUUAUACAUCUUUUAUUUGAAUCAUUUUAAGACCAAAGAUUAAGUCAAAUAGUGGUUUUAUUCAAUGUAUAAAUCAUCCAAUCAAUGGGCAGUUUAAAUUUAUAGAGUCACUAAAUGGCCUUGUUGUUUGAAUAUAGCAUAUUUGCCCCCAAUUUGAUGUCCCAUUCCUAAAAGGACCCUAUACUCGUCACCCCUCCAUUCAUUUCAUUUGUUUUAACAACCACCAACAAGAUAUCCUAUCUUAUUUUUGUUGAAUUACAUUAGUGUUCCUGAUAUAUAUAAGAUUUAAACAUUCUUGAAAUUUGUUUUUGAAAAUUACUGAAAUUAGCAAUUAAUAAAUCCAUUGCCAUUUUUCAGGCACAAAUUUGUUAAAAAGGAGAAUGCCUAUAUUUAUUAACAUGUAUGCUAUUUGAGUUUUGAAUAAUAAUCGCAAGGCAGAUGUUAUAAAAGAUCAUGAAAGGUUACGACUUGGUGCCAAAUAUCAAGGGUAUUGUUGCCUCUAUGGUAAGGGUACUUUGUAAUGUCAGUAAGGGUUGUAGAAGAUUAAUGUGUAUAUCUGUCACUUUUUUGUCUACCUUCUUUUUAUCCAAUUUAAUCCUGCUUUUGUGCUUCAAUGUCUGCAAGCCAUUUUUCCUCUUUUGAAUUUCAUUGUAGUUUUGGUGAAUUUUUUACAUGUUACUACAAAUUCAUCGAUUUAAUCUUAAUUGUUAAAGCUCUUUUAUUCUGAUUUUUAAAAAAACAUAAAUUUUAUAUUAGAAAGAAAGGUAAGACUUAAAAUUCAUUCCACUAUAAAUUUGCACGUUUAGUUUGCGUGCAGAAAAUUGUGCCAUUAGCAAUCAAAUCACAUUUUAAAAAUUGUUGAAUUUGAGAUAUAAUCAUUUAUAUAAAUGAUUGUUUGAUGUAUAUACAUGAUUAAAACAGCAUUGUUACACAUAUGCUUAAUGUUGUUGAUAAUCUUGUUGCGGGAUUUUUUUCAUAAAAUACAUAUUGUUUUUAAUUCUAUUAUUGUUGAUAAAUGUUUACAAGUUUUUGUGGCAAUAUUUAGUACACCAUAGUAAACCAUUUUCCACUAAGACCCGGUUUUUAAUUGCUGUACAUUUCAUUCACUCAGUGUAGCCAUAAUUUUGUGAUAAAUUUAAUUUGGUCCCAAAUCAAUAAAAAAAUUAA